CGCGGUUGCCAAGCUAAACAGGGGGGUCGCGAGGUGACCCGCGCGGGGAGGGGCGCGGUUGCCUAGCAACCGGGGGUGCCCGCCAACAGAGGCGCCGGGAGAGGGGAGGCCCAAGCGUGAGCUGGGAGAGGAGCAGAAGGCGGGUGUCUUGGAACAAGCAUAGGGGUUUCUGGCCCCUCCCGGGCUCUGUGCCAUGGCCAUGCUUAGCGUCAAGCCAAGUCAGCGCUUCCGGCUGCCCGACUGGCACACAAAUAGCUACCUGUUGUCCACCAAUGCUGAGCGGCAGCGAGAUGCUUCACAUCAGAUCCGCCAGGAGGCCCGUGUCCUCCGCAACGAGACAAACAACCAGACCAUUUGGGAUGAACAUGACAACAGGACACGACUGGCAGAGAGGAUUGACACUGUCAACCAGUGGAAGGAGAUGCUGGACAAGUGUCUGACGGAUUUAGAUGCUGAGACCGAUGCCCUGACACAGAUGAAGGAGUCAGCAGAGCAAAACCUGCAGGCCAAGAACCUGCCUCUGGAUGUGGCAAUCGAGUGCCUGACCCUGCGGGAGAGUCGGCGAGACAUUGACUUGGUGAAGGACUCCGUGGAGGAUGAGCUGCAUAAAGAGGUAGAGGUCAUUGAUGCCACCAAGAGGGCCUUGCAGCAGAAGAUUAGUGAGGCCUUCGAGCAGCUCUGCCUCCUGCAGGAAGUCCGACAGCAGCUCAACUCCGACCACCGGAGCAAAAUGGAGACACUGGAGAUCGACAGGGGCUGCCUCUCUCUCAACAUUAAUUCCCCAGACAUCUCUCUGAAAGUCAAUCCCACACGUGUCCCUGAUGGCUCCACCACACUCCAGCAAUGGGAUGACUUCAGCCAGUUCAACAAGAACCGGGCAGAGGCUGAGAUGAAAACAGCCACGGAGCUGAGGGAGGCCAUAGCCCUAACUAUUGCUGAGACCAAUAAUAAACUUGAAGCCCAGAGGGUUGCAACAGAAUUUGCCUUCAGGAAGCGGCUGCGGGAAAUGGAGAAAUUGUACAGUGAGCUCAAGUGGCAAGAGAAGAAUACCUUGGAGGAGAUCGCCGAGCUGCAGGAGGACAUCCGGCACCUGGAGGAGGAUCUGCGCAGAAAGUGUCUGAACCUGAAGCUAUCACAUACCCGGCUGGAGUCCAGAACCUACCGUCCCAAUGUGGAACUCUGCCGGGACCAGGCACAGUACGGCCUCACCGACGAGGUUUACCAGUUAGAGGCAACCAUCGCUGCCCUGAAGCAGAAGCUGGCACAAGCACAGGACGCUCUGGACGCCCUGCACAAGCACUUGGCCCGGCUGCAGGCUGACAUCGCCUGCAAGGCCAACUCCAUGCUGUUGGACACCAAGUGUAUGGACAUCCGUCAGAAGCUAACCGUGCCCGCUGAGAAGUUUGUGCCUGAGGUGGACACCUUCACCCGCACCACAAACCGCACCCUCAGUCCACUCAAAAGCCGCCAGCUGGAGCUGGCCUAGCUUUGGGCCGGGGAAGGAAGGGGAGGUUGGGUGGGAAAUGGAGUUGGAAGGGUGGCAGGGGGAAUACUGAAUCUAAUAAACGUCGGGGUGCUCAGCCAGACUAUUAUCUGUUCUCC